AUGAUUCAAUACAGCUUCAGCCCCGUGAAAGAAAAAAAGAAAGCAAAGCAAUACGAUAGCGUCAUUAGCGAGGCUUUGCUUUACUACAAAAGGGGGAACAGACUAAGCUGUAAGGAUUACCCCGCAAGGGGAAGUGAUACACAUGGGGAUGUGGACAAAAUAUUGGAAUCAGAAGGGAGAGGACGGAUAAGCAGCCAAAGCAAUGGCGAUUAUGAUGCUGAACAAACCAAACCGAAUUGUCCACCUACCGGAGAGUGCCAGAAGAACAAUUCACUGGACUUCAAUUUAUGCUUUUCUGAGGACUUCCAAAAAGAUGAACUUCUAACUGCGCUGAAGCAGUACAUUAAUGAAUAUGUCGGCGAUCUUCAGGAAGCCAAGUGCAGCGAAAUAACCAGCUGCGGUGAUAAGAAAAGACUUCUAAAAAAAUACAUACAUGAAAUUAAAAAAAAUAACUUCCUCGUUUUGGAAGAUUUAUUUUUCUUCUUCAGCAUCAACAAUGAUUACAAUGAUUACAAGAAUUACGCGCUCAGCAAAAUGUUCCACUGUCUACUCCUCGUGUUUGAGAAAAAGGAAGAAAAAUAUAUCCUACUCGUUUUGUACACGUUAUUAGUGAUUGUAAAUGAGAGUACUAUUAACAAGUUUUUCACCUACAUAAUUGAUGCUUUGAUUGCCACUUUAAACGCGCAUGAGUGCACGUUACCCAUUGACGAGGCUGACGACAACGUGAGGCUAUUCGACCACAAGCCGAUGGUUCUCACAAGCUACCUCGUGAAUGAAAACACAAGAUAUUUCCUAUUCUCGUAUUUUUACAUCCUCGUGCGCGACGUUUCGAAGCAGCAGUUCAUGAACCAUGCGGACAAGAUAAUUCGGGUGUGUUUAAUGGGUCUUUUCGACCACUGCUGCGAAAUAAACUGCCUGAUGAUGAGCUUCAUCGAGGAAACCAUCGAGCAAGUAGAAGACCAGUAUGUGAAUUACCACUACAUCAUCAGCACCUGCUUACUCAAGUGUCUCUGCAACAAAUACAGUAAAGUGAAAAUAAAAUGCAUGAAGACACUGGUGAAGCUAAUUCUACAUAAUAGUAACUCCAAAAAUUACAAAAUUAUUGAAAUGCUAAUUGGGUAUAAGGAUCCCAAUGUGGUUCCGAUAAAAAGUUUCUACGACAAUGCGUAUGUAAAUAUAAAUUACUUGUGCAACUUAUAUAAUGAUAGAAGCACAAGAGUGAAGUUUCAAUUUUACUCAUUCCUCUUUAUAUUGAUCUACGAAUUUAAUGAGUCAAACGAGUUUGAUACCUUUUUAUUGCCCUACCUCUUUUCGGCCUGCUUUGAUAAUUACAAAAUAUUCAGAUUGGUGUCCUUUUUGUACAUCCAAUUGAUAUGCAGAAGGAAGAGAUUCGACUUGGACCAAAAUAUGAAUGAUGAAAUUAUUUACCAGUUUAACCCUGAGUGGUCCUACAAGACGGCUUUCACUUUGCCUUUGCCCCUGACGGAUUAUUACUUUCCUCCCUUUUGUCGUAGCUCCUUUCUGAUGAAGGAAAAUAUGUACACCUUAAAUGUAGCUGCUGUGGAUUCAUCCUGCAACGAUGGAAGUGGAAUCGUUGUAGAGGCCCACAGAGAGGAACAAGACAAACCGGGUGGUCAAAAAAAAUAUAUGUUUUGCCACCCACACGGGAAGGAAGAGCGACUUAACAGUUGGGAGAACCCCCCUGAGGAAGAAUACCCCCAUGAGGAGACGAACGAAAAAGAUGAUAACCCCCACAGAAGGGGCAAACGUGACCAAAUGAGGGAAGACGAAUAUUCUGUAGAGUACCACGAGAAGUUGCUCCAAAAUUUUCUCCAGAGCAAUCAACACAUUAUGGACAUCCUCAGAGAAAACAAAAUUACUCAAAUAAAAAUUACACACAACGAAAUGAACAAACAGUGCAAGCAACUAUCCUCCACCAUUUUAAAUGCCUACUUUAAACAUCUGUAUAUAAAAAAAGAGGAUGAAACGAAUAAAUUGGAAUCACUGGAGAACUCCAAAAUUAUUUUGUUACUAUUUUAUUUCAUUGAGGAAAAUGUAACGGAACAUCUUCCCCACUUUUUUACACAUCUCCUUUUUGCAUUUGAAAAAAAGCUAGACGAAGAGCGUUGGCUCAUUUAUAUGAACUGCCUCUACCUCGUGGGCUCUUAUGUUAAUCCAGCCAACUACUAUUUCUUCCUAGAAAAUUACAUCAAAAAUGUAAAGGAGAAUAAUCAAAAGAAUGUCACGCUGACUUGUCUUUAUAUUUUAGACAAAAUUUUGAUGGGGGCCAUAGAAACGUAUAAGGAUGUCUGUCGAAGGGGACUCACCCACGAAGGGAUUCAUCCCAGUUUUGUCCUCGUGCAGGAAAAAAUUAUAGGCCUUUUUUUUGGCGUCCUAAAUGGGGCGCAGCAUGUGGAGAGGUACCUCCUGGUUCUGCAGAUAAUCCACACCAUCCUGAGCAGCGAGUGCGCGUACGCGACUCUGGAUGAGAAAUACAUCACCCAGUUGGUAAUACUACUGUACAUUAUAUUCAACAAGGUGAAAGACGUUAGAGAAGACUUAACCAAAGGAAAGGACAAAAUUUGCCUGAACAGGAACUUCUACCUACCGGUGGAUGUGUUGAACAUUCAUUUUUAUAUCACCAGAAUAAAAAGGAUAAAAAACUUCGAACAAUUAGACAUGAGCCAAGAGCAAAUAAACAUCCACGUGGGGUCGGAAAUACUCUACAAAAUAUUCACUAUCUCAGAUGACAACAUAAAUCAGAAGACAGCAAUUUUGCAAAUCCUGCCAGACGAAUUUCUCUACAAUUCACAGUAUGUGUACUUCUUAAUUCAGUACAUAAUUAAAAGGCAGACGUUUUUUUAUGACCAAAGUUUUUCCAUCUUUUUGUGUAAAAUCAUGCUUAAAUUGUUCAACCUGAACCAAAACAAAAAGAACAUAACCAAAGUGGUACUUUACAACGAAGAGUUAGCCUUAUAUGAUGUUCACCAGGAAGGCAAAGACAAGAAUGCCAAACAGGUCAAACAUGUGUUUCUCGAAUACGCCUGUACAAUAUUUCUACUCUUUAUGUUCAAGAAUGUGAAUAUAUAUGAAACAUUCAGCAACGUUAUUGAAACCUGUAAAGUGGUGUUGCACCUCCUCACUGAGGUGAAGAAUCCCUAUUCCUUUUUGUUCUUAAUUAAGCGCACGAGCCUCGUCAGCAAGCUGUGCGAUAUAGUCGAGUGCAGAGAAGCGAAAAGCAUCUUUUUCUGCAAACAUGUCCUAAAUGACCUGCACAUAAAUUACGAAAAAUAUAUGAACAACGAUGGGGACAUAAAAUAUCUGGACCAUAUAAACAUAGGGAAGAAAAUUGGACUCAGGAAGCAGGUGAAUACCGAGGUGGAUAUUCUGUUCUACUUUGUAAGUACCUGCAUUUAUUUAAUAUACUACAAGUCGUUAGCCUGCUUGUCUGUGCUGCUGAAAGACCAGGAAGAAGAAAUAGGCCACCUAAAAAUACAUGAAGCUUUUAGAACCCUUUUUGAUGGCACAGAAAAACGAGUUCUACAAAUAUUGAAAAUUAAAGAACAGGGAAGUUAUACCAUCUCGAAUUUGUAUAAAAGAACCAUUGAAGAUAUGCUCCUUGAAAAAAACAACUUUUCAGAGCUAUAUUCCUUAAGGAAGAAAAUUUUAAACUCCCCCGAUUAUAAUGAUCUCAUAUUGAAUACCCACAUCUAUUUUAGAUACUCUUUUGCCCUACUGAAAGGAGUUCACAUGUUUCUUCUGAACCCGAUUAUUCUUCACUACUUUUAUGAAGUGAACCAGGGGGAUUUGGCCAGUUCGACCGUUGUAAAACCCUUAAGCGAUCAUAAGUCCGGGAAAGUUUCCACAGAAAACCUUCCACGUGGUAGCGACAAAAUUGAGCAAAGAUCACAUAGUAACAGUGACACUAACCCAUAUCAGAAAGAAAACAAUUUCGUAAAAGAAAUAGAGUCAUUUUUUCAGAAGGAAGAGACACACAACAUAGAGGGUAUAAAAUAUGAUCACACCAAUUUGGAAAAUUAUUUUAAAUCUCAUGACCUCGUUUUUUUCAUACUCGAACAUGGUGUUUAUCACAUUCCCUUCCGCGUCCUGGAGAGGAAUUCUCUCAUUAUUUUGCUUUAUUCCUGUUUGCUAUUCUUUGUGGAUGAGUUUUUCCAAAUCGGAGUUGUAGACACUGCUGACGAGUCAUCCUUCCUGUCAAGCACCAGUGUGGGACUUUCGAACGAGUUCUUUUUGAAUCCCCUCCAAAUUAGUGAGGACCACCUGAUAGCCCUCUUCAAUUUGAUCAUAAUGCUGUAUCUAGAAAACGAGGACCUGAUUAACGGUGCCUUAAUAAAGAUGAACUGCAACGAAAACGCUGAACGAACGGCCAACUUUGAUAAGGGCACAUUUUGCAAUAUAGUCAACAACGUGAUUUUCAAUUAUGAAAAGAGAAAUCUGGUGAAGGAGUCCCUCUGCAGUUGUCUCAGCCUCUUGCUGUCGGUCCUAAGCGCUAAUUAUGGAGACGUCCUUGCAGAUUUGAAGGCAACUUACACCAGGACUAAGCACGUUAAACGGCUGGACGUCUGCAACACGAUCAUUAACACGUUUCUGUGA